ACAGCCAGAACUUUUUCCACGAUAGCCGUCGCGAAAGUGAUUUUUCGAGGCCUGCUACCAAAUUCGAUUUUUUCCGACUGAAUCGGGGCGCGUCGGGUCGCGACAGGUGCAUCGCUCGGCGGAACGGGAGUGCAACUACGGCCGGAAGUGGUCCACCGUGGACGGGGAGUGAAAUUCGAGCCGGAAAAGUGGAUUUUAUUUUUAGCCAAACCCCCCUUCAAGAGAGAAAGGAGGAAGGAAAAAAAAGGUUCGGACAGCUUUCAGCUUUUAGCAGACGGGGCGGUGUACGCGGGCUGCGUUAGUGUGAGUGAAAGGGGGAGAGAGCGCACACGCACACAGCCAGCGGUGCGGACGCACCGGAUCAUCACGCGAAGGGGUGCAUAAACAUAAAAGUGAGUGUUGUUGUUUUUGUCGAAAAGUUGGGUGUUUGCGAAAAAGAAAAAAACGAUAUGCUGUAAAAAGUUGCCUAAUGAAGAUACCAGAUUUGGUACACGACCAUUACGAAACAACGCAUCACAACUAGAACAAUGUUGAAACAAUGAUCGUACGCAGCAGAUCACGACCGAAUUGUAGAAUGAGCCGGAUUCCUUCGGUCUUGGAAAAGUAGCUAGAACAUAGAUGUAAAACUGCAAACACUGAUCAAUUUUGAUAACCAGACACAGAAUCUUAGUCAUUAGCUUGUAAGUGAAUAGUUGGAUCUGAAGAGAAAGUGGUUUUCUACGAACAAAGCUCUGUCAUUACAUUAAAAAUCUCGAAAUGGCAGGCAGCAUCAAGCAAGAGGAUGUGUGCUACGUGGUAGCCAAGUACGAUUACGCCGCACAAGGUGCCCAGGAGUUGGAUCUUAGGAAAAACGAACGCUAUCUGCUGCUGGACGACAGCAAACACUGGUGGCGCGUCCAGAACUCCCACAACCAGUCGGGAUACGUCCCGAGCAAUUACGUUAAGAAGGAGAAGAAGUCGGUUUCGCUGUUCGAUAGCUUCAAGAAGAAAGUGAAGAAGGGCUCCUCCGGCAGCAAAACUCUUCCAAACUGUUCCCCCUCGCGGCAGGUGGACAGCCCGACCAUGAGCAGGCGACUGCCGCCGGAUCCUUCCGAAGCCGUUGCUUCCACACCCAUAGGAACUGCCAUAGUAAAGUAUAACUACCAAGCGCAACAGCAGGACGAGCUCUCGCUGAUCAAGGGAACGCGAAUACUGAUUCUGGAAAAGUCCAACGACGGCUGGUGGCGUGGCCAGAGCGGUUCCGCGACCGGCUGGUUCCCCAGCAACUACACUACGGAAGAAACCGAAGACGACACGGUCCACACGUACGCCAUGGCGGAAAACGUGCUGGACAUUGUGGUCGCGCUGUACUCUUUCAACUCAAACAACGACACGGAGCUGUCCUUCGAGAAGGGCGAUCGCCUGGAGAUCCUGGAUCGACCCGUCACAGAUCCCGAGUGGUACAAGGCCCGGAACAACAACGGUCAGAUCGGCCUGGUGCCGCGCAACUAUCUCCAGGAGCUGUCCGAGUAUCUGGCCCAGCCGUACCGCAGCAACAACGGCAGCGGGCCCGACUCGCUGGACCGGCGGCCGAACGACCCGUCCCAGGCCACCAACAACAACAACUCGAGCUCGGCCAACAGCAACAACAACAACUCCCAGCAGCUGGACCGGCCGCCGCUUACCGGCAAGAGCUGGUAUUACGGUGCCAUCACGCGGAGUCAGUGCGACACGGUGCUGAACACGCACGGCCACGACGGCGACUAUCUCAUUCGGGAUAGUGAAACAAAUCUCGGUGACUACUCCGUGUCGCUGAAAGCGCCCGGCCGCAACAAGCACUUCCGCGUCCACGUCGAGGGUAACAUGUACUGCAUCGGACAGCGAAAGUUCCACACGCUGGACCAGCUGGUGGACCACUACCAAAGAGCACCCAUCUACACCAACAAGCAGGGCGAGAAGCUGUACUUGGUGCGGCCCCUGCCGAAGGCCAACGGAACCUAAGCUGUUGCUGUUAGGUAAGCGUGUGCGUUUUUUUUAUCAUUUUUAUUUAUAACGCAAAAAAGGCAACAUACACUCACGACCGGGGGCGUAUGUAACAUUAAGCUAGACAAAAGAAAAAGACUAAUUAAGGCAGAACCAUUUUUUGAACAACCCUCGAAAUACUGUUGCAAGCUAAAUGUCCCUUGUUUGAUAUAUUUAUUUAUUCAUCAAUCGACCGAAGGACGACACGGAUCGCGUCUUGCCAAGCCUUCGGGGAAGACAGUCAGCGAUUGUCCAGAGUUACAUAUUUUCUGUUUUCUAAGCUAAACAAAAGAGAAAUUUUAAUUGUUUUAUCCGAUGGUGUUCUAAUGGGAAAGACAGCUCUUUUCGAACACCAUGAGUGUGAGAGAGCGCUCUUUAUAAUAAAUCGUGAGAAAAUAUUCAUCCUACUCAGCAAGGCAACCUAUUACAUACAUCUAUUCCUCACAACAAAAAACAAAACAUGUAUCGCAAAUAGAACAAAAAUCCCAAUCAUGCUUUUCUUAAAAAGGCAUAAAAAUAUAUCAAAUAUAUUAAACUCCCGCUUUGAAAUAGAGGAAAAAGAAGCACUUACACAGAUUACAUUACAUAAAAAAACAAACAACUCAAAAUACAAUGGUGCAGCUUCUAGGCGUUCAAAAUAGUACAUGAAUGGUUUAACAAAAGAAUAAAAAAAA